AAGCCGCUUCCCAGGCGGAAGCGCGUGCGCGACCGUUGUGUCCAGUACCUUUUGGCUUGUUACAAAGACCGACUAUGGAGAAGUGGAGCUUAAUGACAAUUACUGUUUUACUAGCACUUACUGUACGCUGGACUGUAUCGCUUGGUUCUUAUUCAGGUGCAGGAAAACCACCUAUGUAUGGAGACUAUGAAGCUCAGAGACACUGGCAAGAAGUUACUUACAAUUUGCCCAUCAGGCAGUGGUACUUCAAUACAAGUGAUAACAACCUACUGUACUGGGGCCUUGAUUAUCCACCUCUUACUGCCUAUCACAGUUUUCUGUGUGCUUACAUUGCAAAGUUAAUAAAUCCUGAUUGGAUUGCUCUGCACACAUCUCGGGGGUAUGAGAGUCAGCCACAUAAGUUAUUUAUGCGUACAACAGUGUUUGUUGCUGAUUUGCUGGUUUAUAUUCCUGCAGUUAUUUUAUAUUGUUUUUCCUUGAAAGAAACAUCUACUAAAAAGAAGGUUUCCAGCGCUCUCUGCAUCCUGCUUUAUCCAGGCCUCAUUCUUAUUGACCACGGACACUUCCAGUAUCCUUAAACCAUAUACAACUCAGUGAGCCUGGGCUUCGCCUUGUGGGGCGUUCUUUGUUUGUCUUAUGACUGGGACCUUUUGGGGUCAGUGGCAUUUUGCUUGGCCUUAAAUUAUAAGCAAAUGGAACUCUACCAUUCUCUGCCCUUUUUUUGCUAUUUACUUGGAAAGUGCUUCAAGAAGGGACUGAAAGGAAAGGGAUUAGUGUUGUUAACUAAAAUAGCAGGGACAGUGGUGGUUUCCUUUGCUGUCUGCUGGCUCCCGUUCUGUACCGACAUGGCACAAAUCAUGCAAGUACUCAGAAGACUCUUUCCCAUUGACCGAGGCUUGUUUGAGGAUAAAGUAGCCAAUAUUUGGUGCAGUCUAAGUGUCCUUAUAAAGAUAAAGAAUAUAGUAUCACCUCAAACUCAACUAAAACUCAGCUUUGCUGUAACAUUCCUGAGCCUGCUUCCUACUUGUAUAAAACUGACCGUCCAGCCUUCUCUGCGAGGAUUUAAAUUUGCUUUGGUUAGUUGUGCAUUGUCAUUUUUCCUGUUCUCCUUUCAAGUACAUGAAAAAUCUAUUCUUCUAGUGUCAGUACCAGUCUGCUUAAUCAUAAAUGAAAUCCCCUUUAUGGCUACGUGGUUUUUACUUGUAUCAACUUUCAGUAUGUUGCCCCUUCUGCUGAAGGACGGCCUGCUGCUGCCCUACGCCGUGACCAUGCUGGCAUUCCUCUCAGUCUGCGCGGCUUCCUUUUCCAUAUUUGAGAAGACUUCAGCAGAGGACCUGCAGCUGAAACCCUUCUCCCUUUCCCUGAAGGGCUAUGUGUCUUGGUUCAAGUCUUUUCCCAAGAUUGUCAGGAGUCUGUUUCUUCUUUCCGUAACCCUGAUGGGCGUCCUGUCUCUAGCCAGCGCUGCAGUGCCUCCUCCACAGAGGUUACCGGACUUAUUCCCUCUAUCUGUGUCCGUUAUUUCUUGCUUACACUUUUUAUUAUUUUUGGUGUAUUUUAAUGUUGUUAUACUCUGGGACUCAAAGAAUAGUAGAAGUCAGAAGAAAAUCAGUUAAUCAAGGACUAAACUGUGAAAGGACAGAGUAUUUUCAGUGAGCGGUGUCUGGCGUUGCAGGUGAACCUGUUUGUCAUGUAAUACAGUUCCUGUAGCCUAAUGAAAAUCAGGAAACGCAUUAUACGUAUUUAAACAGAAAAUAAUCAGACUGUUUUAAAGGAGAAGAAUUUUGAAGAGCUCUUGGAGAUGUGAUUUGGUGUGUUUUCUUCAGAAAUGUAAUACUUUUGUUACCAUUUGUAAACUUAUAUAUACCUAAUAAAGGACCAAAUUUUGAAUUAAUGCUAAAAUACCCUAGUUGUGUUAGCAAAUCAGCAAGCUGUCUUGUUAGCAUUAAGUUGACAUGUUUCCCAGCAUUAAAAGCAUAAGCAAGUAGAGCAGAUUAAGUGGAAACUCUUGACUGGUGGCUCUGAAGUUGUCUUGCUGAGCGGUUUUAUGACGCAAAGUGUUGUGUUGUCAGUCGUUGUUUCGUGUAGCCCACUGCAGUCCAGGCUGCUGUGCGAGGCGCGCUCUGAUGCUGUCAUCAAAGCAGGACACUGGGUUCUUCAGCUGAUCGUGUGGGGAAGCAAACUCCCCCUUCAGCAGUGUCACCGGCUGGAGAUCUGUGCGUUCAGCCACCAGCUGGACCCAAGUUCUGCAGCAGCUUCACUUCACCCACAGGCUUUGCGUUUCCUUGUUUUCUGUGUGAAUUUCCACGUUACCAAUACUUUCAGAAUGCUGAAGAAUUGCAUAAGCCAGA